UCUGAUUCCUCUUGCCAUCUAUAAAGACAAGAAGGCUCUUAUCCACCAUUUGAAAAAGUAUGCAAUCAAUAACAGUUUUCAAUAUAGAACCCUUACAUCAAAGAAAGAUAGCCUUCAUGUCAUUUGUAAGGAUGAAAGAUGCAAAUGGACAGUGCGCGCAGUUAGAUUAACCGCAGUCAAUAUGUUUCAGAUAAGAAGGUUUCGCCCUACACAUACUUGUUCGGUCGAUUUCAGACAAGGUAACCACAGGCAGGCUACAGCAGAUAUCAUUGCAGAUAUGGUUGCGUACAAAUAUCUUGAUGCUUCAGCAAAACCAUAUACUCCCAAACAGUUAAGGAAUGACAUGGCUUUGGAAUUUGGAAUUUCAAUGUCGUAUAAGAAAGCUUGGACAGCACAAAAAAUUGCUAAGGAAAAGCAGUUUGGAUCAGAUGCAGCCUCGUACCAACUUUUACCAUCGAUGGCCCACAUGUUUGAGCAAUCAAACCCCGAAUCUGCAAUAAGUCUUACGAUAGGUGCUGAUGACACAUUCCAGUCAUUCUUCUUUUCUUUCGCAGCUUGGACUGAUGCGUGGCAGUUUUGUAGACCUGUUCUCAUUGUUGAUGGCUCAUUUAUGAAAUCUUAUUACAAAGGAACAUUGCUUACAGCUUGUGCUCAAGAUGCAAAUAGACACAUUGUACCUUUGGCCUUUGGCAUAUGUGAUUCUGAAUCUACAUCUUCAUGGAAGUGGUUCUUUAUGAAGUUGCGGGAUACUCUUAAGUACCGUCAUGAUUUAUACAUCGUUUCAGAUCGCCAUAAAGGACUGAUCAAGGCUGCAGGUGAAAUUUUCCCACAUGCUAUUCAUGGGUUUUGUGUGGAACACCUUAGGCGUAAUCUGAUUCAUAAAUUCAGAAGUUCUGGUGAUGGGAUUGGCUGGAAAUUUAAGGCUGCGUAUAUGGCUGCUACUAUUCCUGAGUAUGAAGAAUACCUAGCUAUGUUAGAUUCUGAUAAUGCCAAGAUUCGUCCGUGGUUAGAUAAGAUUGGGAGUCAUAGAUGGGCUAGGUGUAUGGCUGGUCCACGAAGAUUUGGUGUGCUUACCUCUAAUUGUGCAGAGUCGCUGAAUAAUGUUAAUGUCAUUGCCAGAGAGUGCUCCAUAUCUAAGCUCAUUGAUUUCUUACGUCAACACAUGCAAAAGUGGUUCACGGAAAGAAGUGAAAAGGCUUCUAAAAAAAACACCAUUUUGUCAAGUAAAUGUGAAAAACAUUUAGUGUCAUUGCAAUAUGCAUCUACACACAUGCAAGUGAAACCAUCGUCAUAUUUGGAGUUCGAGGUUGUUGAUAGGGAUUGCCGAUCAUUUGUUGUUAACCUUUCAAAGAAGACUUGUUCAUGUGGUGUCUUUCAGUUGGAUCAGUUCAUUUGUGUACAUGGUGUUGCUUCUCUUCGUAUUCGACCAGGCCUCUCUUGUUAUGAUUUCAUUUCUCCUUAUUAUUCUCGUGACGCAUGGCUGUCUACAUGGAGUGGUACCAUGCAUCCAAUUCCGGAUCCAAAUUCAUGGUCAAUUCCACAAAGUGUUCUUAGCAUUGCAUGCAAG